ACCUGUACGAACCUGAUACCCGUGACUUCCACGAGACAAACCCUUCCUGUGACGGCAUACGGCCGUCUGGUGGAGGGGGACAUCUUGAGGUUGCCCGAGGAGGACCGCAAGGCCAUCUCCAGCGGCCAACUGUGGGACGACAGGCGCUACAACUACGAGAUCGUGGCCGAGGACAAGCGCGGCUUCAUUGAGGCCGGCAUUCAGUUCUGGAGGGAGAAUUCGUGCAUUGACUUCCGGGAGGUGUCGCCUGGCAGUCGCCUGCCCCGAGUCCAGUUCGUGGCCGAGCGAGGCUGCUGGUCGAGCGUGGGCUGCAUGGCCAGGUUCCAGGGCUCGCGCACGCAGAAGCUCAGCAUUGGCAACGGCUGCGGCGGUCUGGGUACUGUCACGCACGAGAUCGGCCACUCGCUCGGCUUCUUCCACGAGCAGUCGCGCUCCGACCGCGACCGCUACGUCUCCAUCCUCUGGGAGAACAUCGAAGCGAGCGGCAAGAGCAACUUCGAAAGGGUGAGCACCACCGAGCACUACGGCGUACCGUACGACCUCUCCUCAGUCAUGCACUACGGCAAACUCUUCUUCUCAAGGAACGGAAAGCCGACCAUCCUCACACUGGACCCGACCAGGCAGGGCCUGAUCGGACAGCGCGUGCAGCCGUCGUUCCGCGACGUCAGUCUCAUGAACAGGUUGUACAAGUGUGAAGAGCUGUGCCCCAGGCGGCCGGCCUGCCAGAACGGCGGCUACGUGUCGGCUGACUGCAGGUGCCACUGCCCUCCGGGCACGUCGGGUGCCGACUGCGGCCGGGUCACGGGCUCCUACUACCCGGAGCCGACCUGCGGCGGCACGGUCACCACCGAGGGCGCCCUCACCACCCCGGGCUGGCCGGGCGUCUACCCGGCCGGCGCCGACUGCGUAUGGUGGAUCAAGCCGCCGGCCGGCCGCCGCGCGCAGGUCGCCUUCACCAAGUUUGACAUCCUGUUCCGCGUCAGCAACGGCUGCCACUUCGAAUACCUUGAGAUCAAGGACGCCGGCGUCAUGGGUGGGGCGGAGCAGUAUUGCAGCACCGACCUGUCCCACCGGGCUCUGACAGCUCGCGGCCCCGACGGUGAUAUGGUGCUCCAUUUCAAGGCCUACCGCAAACACUACGCCGGCACCGGCUUCUCCGCCGAGGUCAAGUUCGUGUGAAGGAGAACACCAUCACAAGAAGUUUGACCGCUCAGAUGGUCAUGACUUGUAAAUAUGGCUUUUUGUGGCGUGGGCUGAGCUGAUCAUACCGUGCAUCAUUGCACGAUUUUUAAGUGAUUGCCAGGUGAUUGUCAGGUAAUCGUCAGGUGAUUGUCAGGUCAUAUGAUUGUCAUUCACUGUGUGUUUCCUGCACAUUGCCGGAGUGGCGUGGGUUGUAACUGUAUGGGUUUUACUACGGAGGCAUUUGAGUUCAACUGCAUCGACAACUGCAAUCCAAUCUGCAGAGUAAUAUUUUAGAAAUAGUGUUAUUGACUGUGCACCAUGGCUGUAACAUCAGGAUUCCUUUGGACUCUCAUAAAAUAUCCAAGCUUCCAAUUUAAGCAGCAAACAUAACUGGCAACGGGUGCAUUCGGGCUAUGCUGCCUUUUAGUUGCGCGAUUGAAUAAAAAAGAUAAACCAGUCUAUUGAAGUCUGCUUUGACGAAGUGAUUUUAUAGUUAAGCUGUUCACCGAAGCGGGAAGUCUCUUGAGCAAAAACACUUUUAUACAUGAUGCGAAUAACGAACCUGGAAAUGAAAAAGCUGUGUCUGUCCAUGGUAUGUGAUAUAGCAUGCGUAGUGGGUCUCGACGAGACGCCUAACUGUCUGCAUACCUUGCAUUGCCGAUUAACUCUGCAACUCUAUCGACAAAAGUCAAAGAGGAAAGGCUAACGCCAGCAGCUGGUAGCACACACCUGUGCCGUGCCGCCAUCUUGUCCCGCCCGCCGCGUGCGCUCGUCAACCAACCGGCCAAAAGAGUGUCGACUGAAACGACUUGGCACUUCACGCAGUCGCUACAACGUGUCAACACUCGUAUAUCAAUAGACGAUCAUAAAUAUA